GCGAGACUGUUAUCGGUGAGGAGAGAGAGAGCUUGAGGCAGUUGUUGGGAGAGGAGCGCUCUGUUCAUCGCAAGGUUUCGCGAAUUUCCGGUGAGUCUCUGGCCAAAAUAUAGGUUAACUGGACUCACAGAGACUCUGUUAUCGGUGAGAGAAAGCUUGAGGCAGUUGUUGAGAAAGGAAUGCUCUGUCCAUCGCAAGGUUUCGCGAUUUUCCGAUAAUGGAACAACCCUAUCUUGCUCCUCGUCGGGCAGACUUGCAAUGUCACCUUUGGGAUUGCCAUAGGUGCCUCCUUCCUUAUUGCAUGGGGAUCCAUAAAACGGUUGCAGUGUCUAGUGAAGCCGACACGAGGGCAGCUGUAAUAGUAGACGGUAUUACUGAUCACGCACAACUUGUGGCAUCGGAAAAUGUCUCAGAGGCACACUGCUGAACUUUCCAUGUGGAGCACCUAUACUUCCGGUUCAUGUUUUGUUCAUCCAUCCGUGGCAGCAAGGAGAGGUCUUCGACCUUGCAGUUGGUCCAAAUGAAAGAGAGCGGCUGUUUCUUUUUGCAUCUGAACCCGAACCUCCUCAGCAUAUACAAUCCAUUUAGAGGCAUAUACAGACUAGGUGGGCUGCAGCGAAUGUAAGAAUGAGAAGUUGGUACUUAAGGUUCCCGAUAGUUCAGAACGGUUUUUUUAGGCUAACUCAAUUCUCUAUAAUGGGACAUGGACGAGCUAUAUACUGGCUGUUGUUUAGGCCGUAUAUUCCAGAGAUCAUAAUCCAGGAGCCCGGGACUGUGGAGAUGCCAGACAACAUUCCAGAUCCUCGGCCUUCUAAUCAACCAUCACCAGAUAGCCCAACGGAUUCUCAACCAUCUGGUUUGUCUGAGGUUGGAGAUUGUUCUGCGUCCGAAUCUCCCUUUCCUGUUGCUGGCAUCAGCAUUACGUUCAUGCUCAACCAGAUGCUUGACCUUGAUGCAGGGAUACCACGACGUAUUGUUUUGGACAAUCUUCUGAGGCUCCUUUCCGCAGUGGAAGAAUCUGCAUCUGACAUUCGUCAUUGCACUGCCUUCAAGCUAAUCGAUCAGCAGUGGCUCUCCAUGCGCGCUUCAGUUGCCUUCAACCGGAAGUAUUUCAACUUGCUGUACUUUGCUUGGAAUUCAAAGAAAUCCUUCCACGACCUUCAGUGGAAACAGGCUAGCGACUGUUCUGUGUCUGAAUACCGCAGCUUCGUAAGGUUCCCUUCGGUGAACGGAUCUGCAUUUGACCUUUGUAAUUGCAUUGCUUUCAAGCUAAUGGGUCAGCAAUGGCUCUCCAGGGGCGCUUCAUACAUGGAAUUUAACAAAUCUUUCCAGGACCUUCAGUGGAAACAGGCUGCCGAUUGUUCUGCGUCUGAAUACCGCAACUUCGUUGCCGGGAUCAAUAUUACUACGGUCAUGCUCAUCGAGAGGCUUGAACUUGAAGCAGGGAUACCACGACGUAUUGUUUUGGACAAUCUUCUGAGGCUCCUUUCCGCAGUGGAAGAAUCUGCAUCUGACAUUCGUCAUUGCACUGCCUGCAAGCUAAUCGAUCAGCAGUGGCUCUCCAUGCGCGCUUCAGUUGCCUUCAACCGGAUGUAUAUCAACUUGUUGUACUUUGCUUGGAAUUCAAAGAAAUCUUUCCAGGACCUUCAGUGGAAACAGGCUGCCGAUUGUUCUGCGUCUGAAUACCGCAACUUUGUUGCCGGGAUCAAUAUUACUACUGUCAUGCUCAUCGAGAGGCUUGAACUUGAAGCAGGGAUACCACGACGUAUUGUUUUGGACAAUCUUCUGAGGCUCCUUUCCGCAGUGGAAGAAUCUGCAUCUGACAUUCGUCAUUGCACUGCCUUCAAGCUAAUCGAUCAGCAGUGGCUCUCCAUGCGCGCUUCAGUUGCCUUCAACCGGAAGUAUAUCAACUUGCUGUACUUUGCUUGGGAUUCAAAGAAAUCCUUCCAGGACCUUCAGUGGAAACAGGCUAGCGAUUGUUCUGUGUCUGAAUACCACAACUUCAUACAUGGAAUUUAACGCAAACGGUAAUGAAAUCGACAAGGAUAGAGAUAAUGAUUGAAGACAUAACACAAGGAAAGGAAAAGUUUGUAUCGUUUGACAUGCCUUGAAGAUUUGCCAGCAUUCAAGCCUAUUCAUUACUGCCAUAGCUUUUGGCGCCUUUUUUUUUUGUUGUCUCUUUUGAGAAGUAAUUUGUCGGACAGCCUCCUUAUGGUGUUCGGCAUCGUCGGGCCAAAAUUGGCAUUCUUAAACCCUAUAUGUUGUAGACCCAUAUAUUCUAAAUUUGGUCUCAAAAUUUUACGGCCAAAACUCACAAGUACCAAUACAUGAAAGUCGAACGCUCCAUUUCAUGUAA